GGUAAUGGGGGGGCACAUAACAGCCCACAUCUCACAGGGAGCCACAGACCCCGCCCCUUUGGUCCUCCCUGCACCUGGCCCGCGGAUGCUGGUAUCAGGUGAUUUUGUUGUGGCCAAGGAGGGGCGGAGCUUCAAUGUGUCAUGGGCCCCACCCUCCCACCUUACUGGGAAUGUACAGUAUGUGGUUCAGGUUAAGGAGGCAGGAGUCCGUUCAAUGCAGGCGUUUAAUUGGAUAAAAUUGAAUGGCAGUCAGAGAAGUGUCAUUCUAACAGGGGACUUCAGGGACUACACCCCAUAUAAUAUUUCAUUGUUCAGUGUCAUUUCCAACCACCGGUGUCUGCUUGGGUCUGCAAUCACAUACAUAGUGCAAAGAGUUCCUGAAAAAGUGACUGGAUUUCAGGUUUCUGAAAUCAGCUAUUUUGACAUCACCCUGACCUGGGAACGCCCCCUGAACCUGAGGAGGGGUGUCACCAUCUGGUAUCGUUUGGGACAGGGAAAACACACAGAGUAUAAAGUGAGCAGAGAAAGCUUCCUGAUUUCGGGUCUGCAGCCAGGACAGCAGUACGAAGUUUGGAUCUGCGCUGAGAAUGAAGCUGGACAGGGCAGAAAAACGUUCCUCCGCUUCAUGACCCGUUGUGACACCACCAAUGAAUACAUUGUCCUCAUGGUGUUGCUCUCGACUGUAUUGCUGGCCUUAGGGAUGAUCUACCUAUUCUUCAGCGGACGCUUAGAACAGCUGGUCUGCUGUGCCAGAGUGCCUGACCCCAAUAACAGUCGACUGUUCCAACAGUGGGACGAGAAUGACUCGAUUCGGAUGUUUGCCGCGCCUCAGUUGGUUCUGAACCUCUCGGUGGUGGAGGUGGUUGAAAGGGGGUACCUGGUGGACAGCGACAACUGGGAGAGAAUGCCUCUGCCCGACGGACAGACGAACGGUCAGGCCAGGGAUGGGCAGACAGGUGCAGAGGAACAGGAUACUGAGAUCGAGGCCCAGUACAUUUUCUCAGGGUACGAGACACAUUUCAUGCCCAACUCCCCUUCAGGUGUAGGCCCGCACCCAUAGGGCAAAACAGGGGUGUAAAUAAGGGGGCAAAUUGUCUCAUCAAAAGACUCCAUGGGUUUGUAGGUGGACCAAUGAGUUUUAUACAGAUGGUUGACAAAAAAUACUAACCACAAGAAAUAUGCAGAUGCAAGGGUGAGGGCGGCAUGUAGCGUAGUGCUUAAGAUGCAUGACUGGGACCCGCAAGGUCAGUGGUUCGAUCCCUGGUGUAGCCACAAUAAGAUCCGCACAGCCGUUGGGUCCUUGAGCAAGGUUCUCUGCA